GAUGGCGGUACGGAAGAAAGACGGCGGCCCGAAUGUAAAAUAUUUCGAAGCGUCUGAUACCGUCUCUCAGUUUGAUAAUGUCCGCGUCUGGCUGGGAAAGAAUUACAAAAAGUACAUCCAGGCUGAGCCCCCCACCAACAAGUCUCUGUCCAGCCUGGUGGUCCAGCUGCUCCAGUUCCAGGAGGAGGUGUUCGGUCGACAUGUCAGCAACCCUCCGCUCACCAAGCUGCCGAUGAAGUGUUUUCUGGACUUCAAGUCAGGAGGGGCUCUCUGCCAUAUCCUGGCUGCCGCCUACAAGUUCAAGAGUGACCAAGGAUGGCGCAGGUUUGACUUCCAGAAUCCGUCAAGGAUGGACCGAAAUGUGGAGAUGUUCAUGACGAUCGAGAAGUCCUUAGUGCAGAACAACUGCCUGACAAGGCCAGUCAUCUACCUGAGUCCUGAUAUAGAGCCAAAACUGCUCGGGAAACUGAAAGACAUCAUCAAAAGACAUCAGGGCUCAGUGACUGAGGACAAGGCCUCCAGCUCCCAUGUUGUCGUUCCUAUUCCCACCAGCCUGGAGGAAGAGGAGUGGGUGCGCCCUGUGAUGAAGAGAGAUAAGCAAGUGCUGCUCCACUGGGGAUACUUUCCCGACAGUUAUGACACCUGGAUCCCAGCCAGUGAGAUUGAGGCUGCUGUUGAGGAUCCUCCCAGCCCAGAAAAGCCCAGGAAGGUCCACGCCAAGUGGAUUUUAGACCUGGACCAGUAUAACGAGUGGAUGAACGAGGAGGACUAUGAGGUGGGCGAGGGCUGCCCUAAGAGGAAGAGGAUCUCGGCCAAGACCCUGACAGAUGAGGUGACCACGCCUGACGAGCGGAGGGACAAGAAGCCCGGCAGCGCCAAGAAGAGGAAGCGCUCGCCGUCACCCUCCCCCACCCCUCCGCCUCAGGAGAGCAAGAAGAAGAACACCAAAAAGGGGCCAACAACCCCAUACACUAAGUCUAAACGGGGACAGAGGGAGGAAGAGCAGGAGGAUCUCAGUAAAGACUUGGAUGAAGCAUCACCUGUUCCUGCAUCUGAAGAAGGAAACCCUGCUAAGACAAAUAACACCAAGAAGGACUCUGACUCAACUCCAGUCAAGGGAGGAACAGAUAUGGACGAGCAGGAGGACGAGUCCAUGGAAACAACGGGCAAGGAGGAGGAGGAAGGCUCCCCGAGCGUCAAGGGUGAACCGGUGAAAGGCUCGGACCUUCACGAGGACAACGUGACUGAGCAAACUCAUCACAUUAUUAUACCGAGCUACGCCGCCUGGUUCGACUACAACAGUGUUCAUGCCAUAGAGCGCAGAGCCCUACCAGAGUUCUUCAAUGGAAAGAACAAGUCCAAAACCCCUGAGAUCUACCUGGCGUACAGAAACUUCAUGAUCGACACCUACCGACUGAACCCUCAGGAGUACCUGACCUCCACCGCCUGCCGAAGGAACCUGGCAGGAGACGUAUGUGCGAUCAUGAGAGUCCACGCCUUCCUGGAGCAGUGGGGUCUGAUCAACUACCAGGUGGACUCCGAGAGCCGGCCCACACCCAUGGGUCCCCCGCCCACCUCUCACUUCCACGUCCUGGCAGACACUCCAUCCAGCCUGGUGCCCCUGCAGCCCAAGAUCCCAGGUCCACACGCGCACGAACACACACGGACAAACAGACACGUGCACACAUGCUCUGUGUUAUUUCACAUUUGUCCCUCUGUCAUUGUGCACCCACAGACGCCCGCUACGCAGCCGAUGAUGUCCUUCCCAGAUAAAGUGAAGGACAAACCAGCAGAUCUCCAAAACUUUGGGCUGCGGACUGACAUGUACAGCAAGAAGACCGGCUCUACGAAGAGCAAGAGCACGGCGAGCUCUAUGAGGGACUGGACAGAGCAAGAAACACUACUUCUACUUGAGGGCCUGGAGAUGUACAAGGACGACUGGAACAAGGUUUCAGAACACGUGGGCAGCCGUACGCAGGAUGAGUGCAUCCUGCACUUCCUGCGGCUGCCCAUCGAAGACCCUUACUUGGAGGACAACUCCUCGUCCCUGGGACCACUGGCCUACCAGCCGAUACCUUUCAGCCAAGCAGGAAACCCCGUCAUGAGCACGGUGGCCUUCCUCGCCUCCGUCGUAGACCCACGUGUGGCCUCGGCUGCAGCCAAAUCAGCUCUGGAGGAGUUUUCUCGUAUGAAGGAGGAGGUUCCUGCAGCACUUGUUGAGGCUCACGUGCGGCGAGUGGAGGAGGCGGCAAGGAUCAGUGGCCGACAGGACCCGCUGUAUGGUCUGGAGGGUAGCGGCAUCGCGGGCACCGGCCUGGAGGAGGGAGACAGACCUGAUGAGAGCAGCGAUGAAAGUAAGAGUGACAGCCAAUCAAAUGAAGAGAAGAGAGAGGCCAAGGACAGCAAAGAUGGAGCAGUUGAGGAAGAGGAGAAGCAGGCGGAGAAUGGCAAGAAGGAAGAAGAAAGAGGAAGAGAACAGGAAGGAGAGAGGGAGGCAGACAAAACAGAGUCAGAGAUGGCCGAUGGUGAGAAGGAGAAGGAUGGAAAAGAGGGCACAGAGGAGGGACAAAGAGAAGCAGAGGGUGAAGGAGAGAGGAAAGCUAAGGUGGAGCGUGAUGUGGGAGAGGGGAACCUGGCCACUGCUGCUGCAUCUGCGCUCGCUGCUGCUGCUGUCAAAGCCAAGCACCUGGCCGCAGUGGAGGAGAGGAAGAUCAAAUCUCUCGUGGCUCUGCUGGUGGAGACCCAGAUGAAGAAGCUGGAGAUUAAACUGCGACACUUUGAAGAACUGGAGACCAUCAUGGACAGAGAGAGGGAGGCUUUGGAGUACCAGCGUCAGCAGCUGCUGGCUGACCGUCAGUCCUUCCACAUGGAGCAGUUGAAAUACGCCGAGAUGAGGGCCCGCCAGCAGCACUUCCAGCAGAUCCAGCACCAGCAGCACAGCCAGGCCGGGGGCCCUCACUCCAACCAGGCCGCCUCAGGCCCACCACCCCAAGGCUCCACCGCGACUCAGCCAGCUCCCAGCACACCAGCGCCGCAGCCGGCCCCCAGCCCAGCACCUCCUGCCUCUUCUGCCCCAGCCCCUGAGUCCCAACCACCUCAGAGUGCUCACACCUCGCCCCCCUGCCCCCAAGGCCAGGCCCCAGCUGCCCACUCCAGCUCCAGCUCCAGCACUACUCCUGUACUCCAUGAGCCCACCGUCCCUCUUCCUGGGGAAACACUCCACCCCGCGGCUCCGGUCCCGCCGCCACAGUGAGAGAAAAAGAAACUGCCAGAGAAUCCGAAUGACUCUGACCACUUUGAAUCCUGCCUGUAUCAUCUGAAAUGAAGAAGUCAUAAACCGAAGGAAGAGAACACAUUUUACACGUUCAGCUUUUUUUUUUUUUUUUUUUUUUUUUGUGUUUGUUUUUUCCAACAGGACAAUUGAUGUGAGUAAGAAAAAAAAAAAGAUAGCGUCUAAAUCAAACCUCCACUUUGACUAAAACGAAGUCCCUUUCAAAUUGAAUCUGCCUAUAAAGAAAGUGUACUUUCCAGCAGAAGCUGUUCAUGCUGUGUGGUCGACUGGACAUCAACAUCUCACUUCAAAUGUUUAAGUUUGACACCAGACAUCUGAUCAAACUAAGAGGGUCUGCCAACAUGCUGACACUCAAGGAGAAGAAGAGAAAAGACUCAUCUUGUGUUAUCAGUGUUUUGGAAAUUAUUGCAUUUGUGUUCUUGUCACAGCUUGUGAAGUCUUAUGCUUCAUAAUCUCUCGAGAGUAAACCCCCCACCCCUGUACUGUAGGUACUAACUAAAAUACAGUAUAUGUAAGAAAAAAAUGCACUUUUAACAUGUUUCCCGAGGUCUCGUUCAAAGACUUGAAGCAUCCAUGAAAUUGAACUUUAGCACUUAUAUCAUCGUUUUGUUGUCUUAAAUACUUUUUCAUACUGAAGGUUUUUGGAAACUUGAUUGGGAAUAUUUCCUCUCUAUUUUUAUCUGUGUUACAUGGACAAACGGUCACUCUACAGGGUCCGGCCUGAAGGUCACAUGUCUAAAAUCAAUGUCUGUAAUGAAUGAAAAGGUUCAAAUCAGAAGCCAGAUGGAAAUUACAUUAAGUUGGUUCGGAUGCAGUUUGAGAAAAUGUACUGUAAACUGGAUUUUCUGUUACAAACACACCUUUUGUUGGCCUGUAGUGAUAAUAUUUGAAAGUACUGACAGCAUGAGGUCAUCAUCCUGAAAAGACUUCUCUUUACAUCGUAAUAAUAUCCCUCCUCUCAACAGCACUUGGAGAAAAAACAGGGAGGAGCUUUUGCAAAUCUGGGUGAACUCGGUGCACCCAGGUCGUAGUUUUGUGAGGAAUGUAGUUUUGUGCGAAAGGAAUGACUGAAAAAGAUGGUCUGGGGAUAAUAAUCCCACCAGCGACCACAUAUGUCUUUUAUCCAUAAUUUGACUUUGUGUUCAUUGCUAAACCAAAAUGUUUUUUAUAAUCAUGUUUAUCUCACAUUUAUUCAGUGAGUUUUAUUGCAGUUGCUUGGGAAAUUAAGAGGAGUUUUUUUUUUUUUUGUAGCAGCUUGUUUUUCGCCGGUGCAUUUCAAGUUACACGUGGAAGAAAUGUUGACGUUGUCAAAAACAAGGGAGCUCGCACCUUAAACAGCUGACAAUGGAGAAUUGUGUCCUUAAUAUCUGCAACAAUAUCCUCACUUUUUAUCCUAUCAAUUUUUAUAUUUUUUACUGUCCAUUUUUCCAUCUUAUUUCUUUGAUAUGUCAACAUUGUAACUGUAUAUUAUUACCUUUGCAGCCUAUAUUUACCCUCUCCACUGUUGUGUAUGAUUCGGGCAGGUCUGUUGGCUCUGCCCGAGAUGUGACUGUGAGCAUGUGUGUAUGUGAACGCAUGCCAUUAAGCUCUGUAAACCACAUUACCGUUCAGUUUUAUUUUCAGUGCCAUUCGCCGUGUGUCACAAAGGUUGAAGAAUUUAGAAAAAACAUGCUUUGCUCUGCACACGGCACGUCACGUCGAGUGUCAUGAAAUAUAAUCCAGUCAGAUGGUGAAAACUUUACAAUUAAUAUCCGUCAAGCCAGUAUUGCAGACCUCACCAGUGGUGAGCAUAAAUGGACUUCUUUUAUCUGUGUUAUUACUACAUUGUGUGGAUUUUGUGAUAUGAAAUAAGUGUCUGUCCAGUUUCUGUAUGUUUUUCACUAUGCUGAAGGUAGCGGCAAUUGCAUUGAUUAUUAUUAUACCGUAGAAAUCAAUUUUUCCCUCAGUAAAUCAUCAUUAGUGCUGACAGUUACUCUGGCAGUUUGUAUUAAAAAAAAGGCAAAACAGAAAAGGUUCAGGUUUUAAUUACAAAAUGUUGGGGAAAAAUAAAGA